UUGAGACCUGUAGACGUGGAAGUCUGUAACAAUGGAAAUGUCGCAGCAGCAAACACAGUCAGUCAGCUUACCUCGGAGUCUGCGAAAGAGAAAGAAGGGGUCAGACAUGACUAACAUGUUUCAGCGGACCUGUCGACUGGAAAUCAGUGUACCCACACAAAUUGUGCAUGUCGUUGGUACGGAACUUAAGGUGAUUGUAGACCGGUGUGCCCCUCCGCAGUCCAAAUCCUUCUCGAUAAAAUGCGGCCCAAACGUGCAUUACAAGGUGACCCCUCCGGCCGGGGACAGGAACGCUGCUCCGUACCCCCUCACCCCAAACUCUGUCCUCAUCGUCACCAUGGAUGCAGUCAGCGAGACUGCAAACGACAGCAAGCUGUCUGUGAGGUACUAUGGAGAGAAAACGGAGUCGCUCGGGGACGCCGUGCUGCAUCUAACAGCUGUCGAGAUAUCUCUGGACGCAGAUGCUGACCGAGAUGGCGUUGUUGAGAAAAACAAUCCAAACAAGGGAUCGUGGAAGUGGGGUCCUAAAGGCCACGGUGCAGUUCUGCUGGUCAACUGUGACUCAGAGACCACUUACAAGAAGACACUGGACAGUGAGGUUGAUGAGAUCAGUAAAGUGUCAGAUUUACAGGACAUGUCCAAGAUGAUCCUGCGCACCAACGGUCCCGCUGAACUUCCUGAAGGCUAUAAACUGACCAUGCACAUCUCCCAGACCACUUCAGAGAACGUGAGAGUCUUUAGACCUCGGACAAAUGCAAAAAAAGACGACGUGUGGAAGCACAAACUCUUGAAGUUGUUCCUGAAAGACUAUAUCAUGGUGGUGGGAACGGACACGCUGACACAGGAAGUGCCCUAUCUGGGAGGCAAAACUGAACUGGCGGUCUUUGUAGAGGGUCUUCGCUCGCCUGAUAAAGACUUUGAUGGGCUCGUCACCAUCAACCUCAGUCUACUAGAGCCCUGUGGCAAGGUUAGCGAACCUGCAACUCGUGGCCGAAACAUGACCAAAGUCGUCCAGGACUUCCUGUGGGCACAGAAAGUUCAAGAGCCAAUAGCGCUGUACUCUGAUUGGCUGGUUGUGGGUCAUGUGGAUGAGUUCAUGACCUUUGUUCCAGCCCCUGACCGAAAGAAAUUCCGGUUGCUGCUGGCUAGCCCUGACGCCGGAUACAAAGUUUUCAAAAGCUUACAAAACAAUGGACAUGGAAAAGCAGAAAUGUUUCCGGGUUUGCCAGAGGCCAUCUCAGUAAAUGAGAUCCUGAGCGACAAAAAGCUACAGGCAGAAAACCGAUACGUGCAGAACUGUAUUGACUGGAACAGGGACGUGCUGAAGAAAGAGCUGGGAUUGGAUGAUGAGGACAUCAUUGAUUUGCCCAUCCUGUUUAAAGUGUUAGAAGAGAAAACGGGCCCCAGGGCUGUGGCUUACUAUCCCGACAUGGUGAACAUGAUCGUGUUGGGGGAUAAGCUGGGCGUCCCAAAACCAUUUGGGCCGAAGGUGAAUGGCAGGUGUGCUCUGGAGACAGAGGUGUGUUCUCUUCUGGAGCCUCUGGGCCUCAAAUGUACCUUCAUUGAUGACUUGGCCCCGUACCACAAACUGCUGGGUGAAGUUCACUGCGGUUCCAACGUUCUUCGAGAGCCGUCUCCUUUCAAAUGGUGGAACCUAGAGCUGUGAGAGAGAGACUAGAACUGUCAAGUGCCUAUUAAGUCUCGCAACUAGUUCAUUCUAGCAAUAAACAAUGCAUAGAGCAAAAUACUAAUGGGAUAAUUCAUAAAAAAAAUGAAUGAGUCAUUUACUCACCCUCAUGUUGUUUAAGCAGCUCUUUUCCAUAUAAUGACAAGGUGCUGUCAAACUGUCAAAGAAUAAGAAAGUAGCCCAAAAAUCAUUCCCAUCAAUUUGCGCUGUGUUCUGAAGUAAUAUAACAGCUUUCCAUGAGGAACAGACAGAAAUUUAAGUGCCUAUUUUGAGAGGUGUUGAUUUUCAGUAAAUGCAGCUUGAAAAAGAGCAAACCGUAUACUUAUGAAACAACAUGAGUGUGAGCAAAUACUUCUUAGUAGUUUGUCAAAUUCUUAUGACAACCUUGUCUUGUUUUUAACAGUAUAGUUACUCCUCAGGCUGCGGUGGUGCUGUUUCAGGAUUUCUAAGAAAAUUAAGGGCUAACAAUUAUAAAGUGGUUCAAAAUAAUGUUAAACGCUUACAGCUUAAGAGUAGUUGGGCCUGUUUCAUAAAACAAGUUUACCAAACAAGUUAGGUUUAUUUCAG